GUGCUACCCUGACCCUGUCCUGCCAGCCCUGGCUGUUUGCUUGCUAGGACCCUUCCCCUUUGUUGUCCUAUUGUCAUCCCAGCUGCUUCUUAGUGUGAGGUCACCACCUCCCUUUCCUGGUGCUUCCACUCUAGAGAUUUCAGCUGGUGUCUACUCUUGAGCUAGGUGGGACAGUCUGUGGAGGGGAACAGUCCCAAGACUACCUUCAUGGCCACCAUGGCCUGCUGUGGUGAAAAUAGUGUCCUUCUACUGUGGAAGGCUGUCACACCCAUGGGACAGGGCACCCCAGGAUGGCCCUGGAAACUGCCCAGGAGGGUAACAGUGACGUGUAGCUCUCUGUCCCUCCCCCAGGUCAUGUGCUGGUGGACAGUGCCCAGCGCAUUAACUGUCCCGGCACAAGGGACCUCAUCUUACAAGGGGGGAGUUCUCAGGAGGGUUGAACAAUGUUCCUGCUGCCGGGAAUAGCUGCCAGCUCUGCCUGUUGGCCCCACGUGAGGCCACUCUCCUGCUGCCAGGCUGCCACGUACUGUGGGGGAGGCCAGGCAGCCUUGGGUACCCUGGCAGGGCUGCUCAGAAUGUUCCACACCUGAGGUCAUCCUCUAAAGCAGCACAGAGGGGCCAUGACUCCUGGCAACCCAUGCUGCAUGCUGCUGGCUGAGAGACUUGAGAGGACCCAUUGCCUCCCUUUGGGGUGGGCAGGCCCCCCCACCCUGCCUGAGGUGCCACAGAACCUCCGGCAACGUUGGUGGCUGCUGCAGCAUCUGAUUGGACAGAGAUGGGAGCCACAGGACCAUCUUACCAUCUUGCUUGCCCAGGGUGGGUGGCACAGGCAUAGGUGCCAUGCCUAUGGGAUGACCCUGGAUCAUGUCCCUGUUCUGCUGAGCCUCUCUUGACUGGCUGUCACAGGUUCUGCACACCGCAGCUCCCCAUAGCAAGCACAGAUGUCCUGGUCAACCCAGGGUGUGUCGGGGGGGGGCUCUUUAAGAGGGUGUGGGGCUGGAGAGGUGAGUCAGGGCCAGAUAGCAGGAGGGUGAGCUCAUGGCAAAGCUGCCCCAGUCAUGUGGAGCAGCCACAGCUGUUGGUGCCCUUGGGCUGUGGGACAGAGGGGCCAGCAGCAUAAAGCCCCACGGCCAGCAAAGCCUCUGGCAGCACCAGGAGCCAGGACUGGGAACUCCCUGCCCGUGGUAGCAAGAAGAAGAGGACAGAUCCUGCACAGGACUGUGCACUGCAGGCAGACAUGGAGCUGGAUGUGGAACGGGCCAAGGAGCUCAUCGAGCAGAAGCUGGCAGAGGAGGAGAAGGAGGAGAAACUCAAAGGGGAUGGAGUACGGGAGCCGCCGGCCGUAGAGCGGAUGAACACACCUGAGCUGGAGGAGGAGAAACACCGUGGGCCCAGGAACUGGGGCCUUGAGGCCAUCAAAGGCCAGGAGAAGGUGCGGAGGAGUUCAGUGGAUCUGAGGCGGGAGAUCAUCGACGUGGGGAGCAUCCAACGACUCAUCGAGCUCCGCAAGCAGCGCCGGCAGCGCCGGGCAGAGCGGGCAGCCACCCCCGAGCCCACUCCACCACCCGAACCCCUGGAGAUUGAGGGUCCUGUGGAGCCAGAGACCUUCCUGCGAGCUGCUGUCCAGGGCAAGAUGCACAUCAUCGAGAAGUUUCUGGCAGAUGGUGGCUCCCCUGACACAUGUGAUGAGGUAGCUUCCCUGGCAGCCACCGGUUCCCCCCAGCCUGUUGCAUGCCACCAAGUCCUGCAGCCAUGCCCCACCAUGCCUGUGGGCAAGGGCUGGGACCCUUGGGACAGGGCUGGAGGUUCAACCAGCCUGGGCAGGGGAGGAUGCAUCCGUCCUCCAAUGUGCCACCCUGUCCCCCAGUUCCACCGUACAGCCCUGCACCGCUCCUCACUGGAGGGACACAUGGAAAUCCUGCAGAAGCUGCUGGACAGUGGGGCCACUGUUGACUUCAGGGACCGGCUGGACUGCACUGCCAUACACUGGGCCUGCCGGGGUGGGCACCUGGAUGCUGUCAAACUGCUGCAGGACCGCGGGGCAGACCUCAAUGUGAAGGACAAGCUGCUCAGCACACCCCUUCACGUGGCCACCCGAACCGGACACCUUGACAUCGUGGAGCAUCUCAUCCACUGCGGGGUGGAUGUCAAUGCCCCAGACAGGGAGGGUGACACAGCGCUGCACGAUGCCACACGGCUCAGUCGCUACAAGAUCAUCAAAAUGCUGAUCCUGCACGGGGCUGACAUGAUGGCCAAAAAUGAGGCUGGCAAGACCCCGACAGACCUGGUGCAGCAGUGGCAGGUGGACACACGCCAGGCGCUGGAGACCAAGGAUCAGCCACAGGGGGAGAUGGAGGUCCCUGCAUGAUGGCACCAGGCAGGGACCAAGGGCUGGGCCCAGCUCCAAGGAGCAGGAUCCAGACAAUCUUGUCUGUGUCAAUAAAAGUCAGCAAAGAGCA